UCGGUAACUCGUGCCUCAUUAAUAGGUCAGCUCAGAAGUCUCCGAUAAUGGCGUACUCAACACUGCCACUAGCCGUUCUGAUCGUGUCUGCCGUGGUCAGUACCGUCAACUGCGGACUGCAGCUGCAAUUCAAAUCAAGUGUGGAUUCCAAUUGGCCGGGCCUGAUGAACAAUUUAGCGCUGACCGUUGCAAUUGAUGGGGACCACUUUCGAACAGAUGAGAAUUACGAGCCAGCGGAGACCUCGGUUCGAUUUUGGUGCGGCAACAGGAACCGUCGAGAAUUACGGCUUGUCCAAACGGACAGUAACGAUAUAAAAGUGAAGAUCGAUACCAAUAAGCCAGUGAUGUUCAUAAUUCACGGAUGGAUGGAUAACUACACGAGCCAUUGGGUUCAUGAUACGGUUAACGACGCGUUAUCAUUUUUGGAUGUAAAUGUUUGUGCAGUUGAUUGGGCAAAUCUCGCACAUUAUGAGUACUCUGCAACUGUGGACCAUACGCCGAACGUUUCCGACCAAGCUACUAAAUUUAUCAAAAUUAUGAUUGAGCUGGGGAUGCCACCAAACUCAAUAACCUUGGUAGGUCACGAUAUGGGGGCACACAUCUGCGGUCAAAUUGGUCACAAUUGCAAUGGAGAUGUGGGACAAAUCUACGGGCUGGAUCCGGCGGGACCAUUGUUCACGACACCUUCUGGUGGAUCUCUCGCAUUCCGACUGGACAAAUCCGAUGCCAAGUACGUACAGUUUAUUAUCACCGCCAAAGGUACGGCAGGUGUCUCGGUUGGUGAAGGUGAUGAAAACUUCUACGUCAACGGGGGAUCGUCUCCGCAGCCGAACUGUGGCUCAAUAACAAUCAACACUGGUGAUGCUGAGUUUGCUAAAAUCCUUCUCUGCAGUCACUAUCAUGCAUACACCUUGUUCCGGCUCUCGAUGAAUCCUUUGCUCGUGUAUCCCGCCCGUUUGUGUUCCAGUUGGGCAGAUUACAACGCUGGUCGGUGCCUAUUCAAUCGAAUGUCUCGGACCGGAAUCUACAGUAUUAAGCUUGGAGGUGAUUAUUAUCUGAGAACCACAGCACUCGCGCCGUUUAUUAUGUUUUGAAGAUUGAAAGCAGUCUAUUUGUUUUUACUUAUUUGUUGAUUUAUUGAGUACGAUAACCUGUUAGUUAACACUUUUAAUUAGGUCAAGGAAGAAGUCUAUUGUAAAAUAACAAAGAAAAAUAAAGAGUUUUUGUUUGCAAUUAAAAAAA